AUGUGCCCCGAACAGGACGAGGAUCAAGCGACCGCGGCCGCUCAGCAGCAGCAGGACGCGGCGGCCGCCGCUGGUAUCUUGCCCGCUGAGCAUUGGGUGCAGGCGGCACGAGAGGCUGCUAAUGACGGCGACAACGACUCGGCGCUAGGCGACGACAACGCCAGCUCUACUGCGUCGAUCACCUCUACCAUUCUCGAGUACCGAAAGAUUCACGGACGCACAUUUCAUGGCGAGGUCGGAAAUGCCCAGUACUGUGACUUCGCCGAUGAGAACCCGGAAUGCGAGGUUAUCGGAACCGACAUCUCGCCCAUUCAGCCAACAUGGGUUCCUCCUAACUGCAAGUUUGAGAUCGAGGAUUGCACUCGCGAGUGGACUUUUGCUCCUGGUACCUUCGACUACAUCCACGUCCGUUUCCUCGUCGGAAGUAUCGCGGAUUGGCCGGAGCUGUUCAAGCAGGCCUACGUGGCUCUCAAGCCAGGUGGUUACCUCGAGAGUUUCGAAGUCUCUCCCGCCAUCAUGAGUGACGAUGACACCGUCCCGGAGACUAGUGCGCUGGGUCAGUGGGGCAAGUUCUUCGAGGAGGGCGGCCGGAAGAUGGGCCGGACCUUCCGCGUUCUUGAUGAGAACCUCCAAAAGACCUCCAUGGAGGGAGCUGGUUUCGAGAACAUUACGGAGUGGAACAACAAGGCGCCCAUUGGCAACUGGCCGAAGGACCCGGUGAAGAGAGAAAUUGGUGAAUGGGCGCAAUUGACUCUUCUUUCGGAUAUCGAGGGCUAUGUGCUUUUCAUGGCCAAUGUCAUGUCGACUUGGAGCAGGGAAGAGAUUCAAAUCUACGCCGCUCAGCUCCGCCGCGAGAUUCGGUCCGGCAAGCUGCAUGGGUACUACCGCCAGAGGUGUGUUUGGGGACGUAAGCCCCUAGAUGCCACCCCGGCGCCGGAGCAGUAG